GAAAGAGGCGCACAGACAGUCGCCGUCGCGUCUUCGAUCCGACCGGUUGCGAGAGCGUAUCAUACUUGCGAAUAAGUGUGUAAAACUCACUGCCUCGAAUCCAGUUCGUUUCGUUCUCUCUCUCUCUCUCUCUCUUGCUCUGUGCUUUGUCGUGUUACGCGCGAGGCGCACGUGCAAAAAAGUUCAUACACCCUUUUUUCCGCCCAGCGUGUGCAGCGUCGAGGUUAUAAAGCUCCCUUUUUUCUUUUUGAUACGGCGAAUUUUAUAUACGCUGAUACGGUUCGCACGCACACACACACUGCCGCCGUCGUCGUCGUCGCCGUCGCCGCACAAUCUCUUGAACGAGAGUCUCUCGAUUUCGAACGCGUGUCUCCGAGUCUAAAAAAAGAAGACAAACCAUGGGUUUGCUGUCGGAGGGUAGUCCACUCAGCUGGGAGGACACGAAAAAACUCGCGGAUCAUGUGAGAAAGCACGGUGUCGUGCAAUUCAUCAAUCUGUACAACAGACUGAGAGACAGACAGGGUGACAUGCUCAAAUGGGGCGACGAGGUAGAGUAUAUAUUAGUCAAGUUUAAUGACGAAGAAAAAACAGCAAAAGUGUCAUUGAAUGCAGAAAAAUAUUUAUCACUUUUACAAGAAAAAGAGCGAGAGGAUCCAAACAAUGUUAAAUCACUGUGGCGUCCAGAAUAUGGUGCUUACAUGAUUGAGGGAACUCCAGGCAAACCUUAUGGAGGAUUAUUAGCUCAUUUUAAUGUUGUAGAAGCUAAUAUGCAAUAUCGAAGACAAGAAGCAUCUAAACUUUUGGAACCUGGUGAAGUUCUUAUGUCACUUACCAAUUUUCCAAGAUUGGGUGCUCCAGACUUCACAGAUCCCCCAGCAGUUCCUACACCUCAAGAUGGAGCCUCAAAAAGUUUAUUUUUUCCAGAUCAAGCAAUAUUUUUGGGUCAUCCUCGAUUUCAGACAUUGACUAGAAACAUUAGGAGUCGUAGAGGGGAAAAAGUUGCCAUCAAUUUACCAAUUUUUAAAGAUGAAAAUGUAAAACUGCCUUUUAGAGAAAAUUUAAUUGAAUUGGGAGAUGAUGGUUCAAGUGAAAAAGCAGCUAAAGAUGACCAUGUUUACAUGGAUGCAAUGGGUUUUGGAAUGGGUUGUUGUUGCCUUCAACUAACUUUUCAAGCUUGUAAUAUAGAAGAAGCAAGAACUUUAUAUGAUCAAUUAACACCUCUUUGUCCAAUAAUGCUGGCCUUAACUGCUGCUAGUCCAUUUUACCGUGGAUAUGUAACAGAUGUAGACUGUCGCUGGAAUGUUAUAUCUAGCUCUGUUGACUGUCGUACUAGAGAGGAAAGAGGGCUUGAACCACUCAAAGAAAACAAAUUUCAAAUUUCAAAGUCUAGAUAUGAUUCUAUUGAUUCUUAUCUAAGUGAAGAGGGAGCAAAGUACAAUGAUGUGAAACUAAUUUACGAUGAGGAUAUUUAUAAACAGUUACUAGAUAAUGGCAUUGAUAAGCUUUUAGCUCAACACAUUGCUCAUUUAUUUAUCAGAGAUACAGUAUCAUUGUUUUCUGAAAAAGUUAAUCAAAAUGAUCUAGAAGAUACUGAUCACUUUGAGAAUAUUCAAUCAACUAACUGGCAAACGAUGAGAUUUAAGCCGCCACCGUCAAAUUCAUCGAUCGGAUGGAGAGUAGAAUUUCGUCCUUGUGAAGUACAAAUUACAGAUUUUGAAAAUGCUGCUAUUGUUUGUUUUGUAGUACUUUUAACGCGAGUGAUAUUGAGUUUUAAAUUGAAUCUUUUGAUACCAAUUAGCAAAGUAGAUGAAAAUAUGUCUAGAGCCCAAAAAAGAGAUGCAUUGAGAACUGAGAAGUUUUGGUUCAGGAAAGAUAUAACGUCCAAUGCUAAGCAUACUAAUGAUGAAGAUGAAAUUACAGAGUUCACUAUAGAUGAGAUUGUAAAUGGAAAGGAGGACAUUUUUCCUGGAUUAAUUCCUUUAGUAUAUUCUUACUUGGCUAGUAUGGAUGCAGAUGCUGACACACAUUGCACAAUACAACGAUACAUAAAAUUAAUUGAAAGACGUGCCUCUGGAGAACUAUUAACAACUGCUAGUUGGCUACGAAAAGAAGUACUUUCACACCCUGAUUACAAGAAAGACUCCAAGAUUUCACAAAAAAUAAAUUAUGAUCUUUUGAAGAAAAUACAUGAUCUGGAAACUAAUAAAAUUUCUUGUCCUGAAUUACUUGGACCAUGCACAGUUUCUAAAACUACAGAAACAAUUCCCGUAGCAAUGAAAAAGGCUGAAAAUUGCGUUUCUUCGGUUGAUUGUUAGUAUAAUUACUUGUUUAUGUUAAACCAAAAACUGUAUUAUUAAUGUUAUAUUUUUAAAUAAUUUUAUUUUAUACAAUAGUACAUAUUAUAUUUAUUGUAUACACUUGUAAAAUACAAAAAUACUUUUAAUAUUUAGCUUUUAAUAUGUAUAAGGGGCACUUUGCAAUUGAAAAAGUUAAAAAUUUCAUAGACUAGUGGAGACUUUGGCUUGUAAAAACUGUAAAACCUAGAACUUCAUAUUUUAUUGUUGAUACUACUGAUUUAUGGCAAAAAUAUGUAUUUGUUGUUAUUCUUUUCUAAGCACUUUACAAAAAUACAAAUAUCUAUUGACAUGGAA